GACUACUAGAUCCUCAGUUCGAAAGAACCCAAUACAAAUAGUAAAAGAUCCAAUUAUUAAGAAAAAAGUAGCAAAAAACUCCUCGAAACCCAAACAAAUUAAUUCAAAUACAAUGGAAGAAAUUCAUGAAACAGAAGAAUCCCAAGAUAUGAUAUAUGAAAAUCAACCAGAAGUAAUAAUUUUAUCUAAAGACAAAGGUAAAAACAAAGAAAUAACAACAGAACAAAAUGUCCCCUUUGAUAAACAAUCCUUAGAAAACAAUCCCUUGGGAGGAAACGUAGACGAAAGCGAAUGGACCCAAGUCACUAACAAAAAGAACAAACAAAAAAAUAUUGUGAAUACCCAAAAUCCUACUCUUAAUGAUGAAGAUAAAGAAUCAAUAGCAUCUUAUGAGACUGAAAACAGUCAUCACCCUGACUGGCGUCAAGAACAAGAGACUGAAUUAAUUUUAGUAAGAUCUGAAAACAAUGGAAAAGACAAAAUGAUUUCAGUAUUGUUUGACAACAAAGAAAAAAUGCAGAAAGCAAAAAAAAUAAAUGUAAGUGAAAAUGUAGAAUUGCCCGCAUACAUGCAUGCGGCGCAAGUAUACAAAUCUAGACCUUUCAAUGAUAAUAAUAAAGGAGUCAAGUUAUUAAUCCCAACAGGAAUGUGGCAAUUCGCAAUUGCUAUAUUUGAAAAUGAAGAAAGUGAAAAAAACCUUUUACAACAAUGGAGUAUAAUAAUUGGAGAAGAUUCUUUUUGUGUUACCCCUGCAGAUUGUAACUAUAAUCAAUUAAUGGAACGUGGUAAAUACGCAGCACAGAUAAUUAAUCUGCCAUUUGGUAUUACAGCCAGGGAAAUUAUCCCAAACAUUAUGACAAUUAAAGCUUUAACAUGUUAUAUUCCAAGAACAAGAAAUUAUAGGAGAAAAGGAGAGGCAAUUAUUUCGUUCGUAGAUGAAACUGCCCUGAAUGGAGCCUUAGGAAAAGAAUGGACAAAAGGAGAAUAUAAUAUUAAGGUCGUAAAUAUAAAAACUAUAACAUGCCAUCAGUGUCACUCAGAAGAACAUAUUGCCAAGGAUUGUCCUAGAACAAUUCGUGAUCGAACAUUCGAAAAGAAAAAUGAAGAACGGUUUGUUAAAUUUGGUGGAAUAUACAAAAGACAUAAUCCCAAAUUAUUUUCUUCCCUGAAUAAACAAUUUGGAAAGAAAACAUUUGCAGACGCGUUAAGAUCUGAUAAUAAUCAAAACCAAAUUGUCACUAACAAAAAGGAAUCUAAUAAUAUUGAUGAAAGACUAGAAAGAAUUGAAAAUAUUAUAAAUAACCUUGUCAACAGAAUGACAAAUUUAGAGGCACUUGAUAAUAAUGACCCUUCUAUCGAAACAACAAAUGUAGAACCUGAUAAAACUGAUAAACUUCUUAACGUAGUUGAGAAUAUUGGACAACGAAUAUCUUCAUUAGAAGACAGCUUACAUUCAUCUAAAAAUAAUAAUAGAUCACAUAGAAUAGAAACAACACAAAAUUUAAGAGGAAUAAAUAGUGAACUUAAACAACAAAAUUGGUGGAAUUUUUGUAUUGAAAAUAACUUAGACAUUAUAGCAAUCAUAGAAACAAAACUAAUCAAAAGACAUGAAUGGACUAUAUUCAACAAUCAAAAGAAAAAAAGUAGCAAUACGAUAAUAGACAAUACCAAAACUUAUCACACUUGGUGGGCUAGUAAAGAAACACGAGGUUCAGGAUCAGGUGUCGGAAUAAUGGUAUGCUCUGAUAUUGCGCAACAUGUAUAUAAAAUUGAUAGAUUUGAAGCAAGGGCAAUUUGUUUAUACCUCUCCUUUAACGGAAAAUGUACGGUACAAUUAAUCGCAACAUAUGCCCCUACUCAACAACCAAAAUACAGGAAUGAAAUAAAGGAAUUAAACAAAUGGUUAACAAAUAAAUUGGGAGAAGCCCUUAGCAAAGAUAUGAUUUCUAUUGUCUUGGGAGAUUGGAACGCUGUACCAAACCCAAAAAAAGAUCGCUUUUCCGAUAAGAAAUCCAUAUUACCAGAAUCAAUAAUACUUAAAUCAAUAAUAGAAAUGGGAUAUGAAGACUGUCAUCAAUUAACCCUAACUAAAGAAAAAGAAUACACUUAUCAUGAAUGGAAUAAUGGAAGCUUACGAAGUGCAAGUAGAAUCGAUCAAAUCUGGAUCCACCCUCAAUACUUUGAUAAAGUACGUGAAUACCAAAUUGAAGAUACAGAAUUAUUUGCUGAUAGCGAUCAUCAUAUGGUCACAAUAUCAAUUGAGGCUGAUCAAUGGUGGGAUAACUGUCAAUAUAGAAGAAACAAACGUGUCAAAAAGCAAAAAAAGUUUUUAUGGAAUGUAAAAAAAUCAACUGUGGAACAGUGGGACAAAUUUGCAUCUGCCUUAGACGAAGAAUUAUCAACUAAUACUGGGAUCCUAAAUGAAAAUACAAGUUUGGAAUACAAAUGGAAUAUUUUCAAAAAUGCCAUCAUUUCAGCUGGUAACCAAAAUUUGCUUAAAUCAAAGGAACCAAAAAAUAGAACUAAAGUAUGUAAAAAUAUCCAUAAAGACUUUGGAAAACUUAACAUGCUAUCUAAAAUUCAUAGAAUAGGAAAAAUGUUAUCCCAAGGAAAAACAAUAUCUUCAGAAAUGAAAAAAAAAUUUGAUGAUAAUUGUUCAAUAUUAAAUUCAAAAAACAAAGACUUUAUCCCCUUGUUUCCAGUACACAACCCUGCAACACAAAUAAAUUGGGUAAAGAACAUAAGAGAUAUAUGGUAUACGCUAAAAAAAGUUAUUAAAAUUGAUAUGGAUAGAUUACGUAAUACCUCCAUAGAAAAAUAUAUAAAAAGAUGGCAAAGUUUUUUUGAAACCUCUCCAAUUAAGAUGAUUUCAUCAGCGCUGGAACGAGAACAGAAAAGAAUUGAGGUGAAAUUACAUUUAUUUAAUUGGACGUCUAACCCUAGAAAUAAUCCUAUUAACUUAACUUCACAGUGGGAGAAACAAUACACCCCAAAAGUAGGGAUAUCAAAAUUAAUCUAUAAUCCAGUGACUUCACCUAUAUUAAUACAAGAAGUAGAAGAAACGAUAAUGAACUUUAGUAAUGAUAAAGCACCUGGCCCCUCAAAAAUUCCAUACGAAAUAUUCAAACACAUGAACAAUGUGGGUAUAACGGCAAUGGUAAAUAUAUUUAAUGAAAUCUUGACGACAGGCAAAGUACCAAGAGAUUGGACAAAUAGUUCAGUGGUAUUAAUACCUAAACCAAAGGAAUGGGAGGGCAAUCUGGAGAUCACAAGACCAAUAACACUAAUGGAGACAAUGCGAAAAAUCUUUACCAAGAUUAUAAAUGAUAGAUUAGUGAAGUAA